AUGGACGACGACGGCGAGCCGCAAACUCUGCUGCAAUCCGUCCUGGGCUUCUUUGCUCGGAGGCCGUCGCCCAAGUCGGCAGAGCCGGCAGCUCUGAAGGCACGGCAGCGUGAGGCCUGGCUACGGACGGACGCAUUCCUACAGCGCGAUCAUCUUGACGAUGCUGAUCCAGCGAGUAGCCACCACCAAAUCCUGGUCGGUCACAUUUCCGAGUCGUUAACCGCGAUGCAGAACGUCCAACGGUCCCAGCACGAGCAAUACAAAAGACUUCGUCGCAUUGUCGAAAGUCCAGAUCGCGAGUCACGCGCCGAUUCGGACACCGUCACUCGCGUUGGAAAACGGAGAAGAGAGUGCGAUGAUGCGAUCCAGGAAUUGUCAAACCUGGAUCAGGAAAACAAACGAAGACGAAUACUGCCUAUUCGGGAAGAGCCCGCUCAUGGCUCCGAUGUGGAAGACCCAAAUGCCGACUUCGCCGUGCUAAUGAGGAGACAUUUGGUGUCCUUGGACAACGCGUUGCGAAGACAUUGGGUCUGUGUUUGCCAAAAGUGCUCAGGAUUGAGUGUGAGAUUGUCACUGCCACACAACAAAAAGGAUGUCGAGGCUGAGGCGAGUUUCGAAGUCUUCUUCGGCGUACGAUCCGUGCCUGCGACUGCAUUGCAAGAAGCUAGGAUUACGGUCAAAGAUCUACGCAAGGACGCGUUACCCAGGCGCUCAUCCGAACCUGCGACUAACAGCUCGUCCGAGUUCGCCCACAUAUGCCAAAAUGUCUCAGAAUCCCUUGGCCAGCAAAAUUGCCUCCAUUUCGCCCUCGAGGAUGGGACAUUCUCCAGACUUCGCCCGCAGCCAAAGACGUUCGGUAGUGACAGGAUCUCCCGGACAGUGUCCUUGUCAGCGUUUUUUGAUCGUCAGCAAGAGCUACUCCGCGGCGAAUCGGUGCUACCGCUGAAAGGGAAGCGUAUACUGGCUCUUACGCUCGCAUCCGCCCUUCUUCCUUUUCUAGAGACGCCAUGGCUGCAGUUCUCGUUCAACCAUUCCAUGAUUCAAUUUUUUGAACCCCGCCAGGAUGGAGUGCUUCCUGACAUCACGAAACCUUUCUUGUCUCUGGAGCACGUCCCCAUCGUCUCAGCGCGGAGUACAACUUCUGGAGCAUGCAACGCCUUGAAACACAUGGUUCACCCGAACGCCAGUGUGCUUGCGUUAGGCAUAUUGCUGUGCGAGCUUCAUUAUUGCACACCUGUGGAGCUAAUGGGGAAGGAUCCAAGGGCCGCCAGGAAUGUCAAUGAUGAUUUCUAUACCUGCCUCGACAAGCUUCGGACGCUCGAAGACGAUGCUUGCGAGGAUUACUUUCUUGCCACAAAGGCUUGCCUUACGGGAGAGUACUAUCCCGUUGGACAACAUGCUGACUUCGACGAUGUCAGCGUUCAGCGACUCUUUUACCAGAACGUCGUCAAACGACUUGAGGCCGUGAUAUUCAAAGGUUGGCGCAUUCGAUUGGGGGACUUGGGUUCAUUUGACUCCCGACAGAUUGAGUCCUGCUGGGGCUCCAUUGGCCGAGAAGUCGUCCGCUCUCAUGGCGGUAGGAGCGAACUCGCUGUCGAGGCUGUGGUUCGGAUGUCGGCACAACUUCCUUCCAAAACGCAGUCCGGCGGGCACAGCGGCACGAGCUCGGAGAAGAGCUUACACCUUUUCGAUGCUAGCUAUCAGACAGUUCAUGAUGAAGAGCUUUCACUCUCGGAAAGGUGGAUGGACAGCCUGCUGUCUUCGAUAUACCGCUUCGUUGACCCUACCAUCGAACAUGUCGAACCAGUACGAAUAGCGAUAUUGGACUCUGGACUUGAUCCGGACAGCCCAUUCCUCAUUGAGGACCAGCAGCUAGCGACUCCGCGGGUCAGGGAAGCGAGAAGCUUUGUGCGUGGAUCGGAAAUAUACGACGUUCGAGAUGAGAUUGGCCACGGCACUCAUGCGCUUGGUCUCCUCCUAAAGGUUGCUCCCUUUGCCGAAAUCUACGUCGCGCGGAUUGCGCGGCAAGAAACUCUGGAUUCAGAUGCGUACAACGACAUCGCAAAGGUAGUGCUGUUCAAGAUGUAA